AUGGGUGGGGUGGGUGAGGGGGGGUGUGGGGGUUGUGGUUUGGGGGGGGGUUUGGUGGUAGUUAUGUGUUUGAGGGUUUUGGGGGGGGAGGUGUGUGGUGGUUGGGUUUUGAGGGGUUUUGGGUGGGUGUUUGAUGUGGGGUUGGGGGUGGUGUUUUUGGGGGGGAGGGUGGGUGGUGGGGUGUUUGGGGGUGGGGUGAUGGUUGGUGGUGGGGGGGGUGGUUUUGGGCGGUUGUGGGGGAUCAGUUUGUGGGUGGGUUGGGGUUGUUGUGGUGUGUUUUGGUUUGGUUGGGGUUGUUGGGGGGGGUGUGGGGGUUGGGGUUGGGGUAUAGUUUUUGGGGGGGGUGUGGGGUGUGGGUGGGGGGGGGGGGUUUUUUGGGUUGUGUGGUUGGGGUUUUGUUGGGGGGUGUGGUGGGUGUUGGUGUGGGUUUGUGAUUUUGUGGGGGUGGUGGUUGGUGGGGUGGUUUUUUGGGGUGGGUGGGGGUUUUGGGGUGUGUGGGGUGGGUUGGGGUUUGGGUGGGUUGUGGGUGGGUUGGGGUGUUUGUGUUUGGGUGGGGGGGGUGGUGUGUUUUGUGGUUGGUUGUUGCUGGUGGGUUGUUUGGGGGGUGGGGUGGGGGGUGGUUGUUUGGUGGUGGGGGUGGUGUUGGAGUGGUGGGGGGGUGGAUGGUUGGUGUGGUUGGGGGGUGUUGGUUUGUGGGUGGGUGGGGGGUGCACGUUGAGUUUGGGGUGUCGGGGGGGUUGUGUGUUUUGGUGUGGGGGUGUGGGGGGUGGGGGGGGUUGGGGGGUGUGUGUGUUUGGGGGGGGGGGGGUGGGGGGGGGUGGGUUGGGUUUGUGGGGGGGGGGUGUUUGGGGGGGGGUUGUGUUUGUGGUUGGGGUUGUGGGGUUGGGGGGGGUGUGGGGGGUGGGGGGGGGGGUUUGUGUUGGAUUGGGAUUGAAUGGUGGGGGGGGGGUGGGGUUGUGGGGGGGGUGUGUGGUUGUGUUUGGUGGUUUGGGGGUGGUGGGUGGUUGGGGUUUGGUGGUGGUGGUGUGGUGGUGGGGUGGGUGGGGGGGGGGGUGGGGGUGGGGGGGGGUGGUGUGGGGGGUGGGGGGGGUGGGGGGGUGUGGGGGGGGGGGGGGGUGGGGGGGGGGGGGGGGAGGGGGGGGGAUUGGGGUGGGUGGUGGUUGUUUGUGGGGUUUGUGUUUUGUUGUUGUUGGGUUGUUGUGUGUGUGUUUGUGUUGUUGUGUUGUGUUUGUGAGGAGGAGUGUGUGA